UUUAAUCACGUGGCCACACCCCUCCUCACCUACCGUACCAGGAAGCUGCUCACACACACACACGGAGGAAACUGCAACAUGCUCAGGAAAGGUUGUGUUUUGAGCAGCCAGCAAUGUUGAGAUGAAGAUUAAUGAAAAAUUGAUCAGCUACUUUGAAUCUAGCAGUUCACCUGUGGACAAGCAGGGGUACCUCUCUAAAAAGGGCGAGAUAAAGACUUCCUAUCAGAGGCGCUGGUUUGUGCUGAAGGGGAAUCUCCUGUUCUACAAGGACCGCCCGGCGGACAGGGACGUGGUAGGGGUGAUUGUCCUGGAGGGCUGCACCGUCCAGCUGUGCGAGUCCGAGGAGCACUUUGCCUUCUCCCUGGUGUGGAGCGAGCCGGGCCUGAGGACUUACAAGUUUGCUGCUGAGGACCAGACGAGCCAGGAGAGCUGGAUCAAAGCCCUGCUGUCGGCCAGCCACAGCUACCUGGCCGUGCUGGUGACGGACAUGGAGAAGAAGUACAGAGAUGCAUUAGGCUCACAGCCCGCUGAUCCAAAGAAACAUUUCAAAAUGCCAAACUUCCACUCAUCUGGGCCAAACGAUCCUGGAGCUUAUCUGAACCCGCUCGCUUCAGCCCAGGCUUCAUAUCCAUCUCAUGUUUUCAGAACGGGAGCCCCCCUGAGCUCCAGUCAACACCUCCAAACUCUGUCUAGAACAUCUACCAAGAAAUCCCCCAAACCGAGACCCAAUCGAGGUGCAAACAUGUCCACAGCUGGCGCUGAUACUCUGGAGAUGUCCAGCUUCUUUUUAGACACAGAAGAAGAGUUCAGCAAAAUGCAUGACGAUUUUGGAAAGGAAGUAAAGGAACUGAUUGCAGUUUGGACAAAGAAAAUAAGUGGUGUCGAAGCUGUUCAAGAGGAAAACUUGAUUGAUUUUGGAUAAAGUUUGCACCUUUUUGUAAACCAUAAUGUGAAAAGAAUGUUGCAUUGCUGCAAUGUGAGUAUGGACAGAAAAGAGCGUUUUAAGGAUGUAUUUGGUCGAUCUGUUGUUUUCUUUUACAUUUUAUAUCAUAGAUUGAUCAAUAAAUGAUCUGAAAUCUCA